AUGCUCAAUUGAAACGGUAAGUAGAUGGUCUUGUAAUCAAUGCACUUUCUUAUAUGACUGUAUUCUGUUCGACUAUUACAAUUAGUACGAAAAUAUUAAUCGAUUAUCUGAAUUUCUUCCCCAGAUGACCAACGCGACCGUUUUUGAAAAUAACAGCACGAUCAAUGAACAUGUUAUAACAGUAAAAUGCAACUUAACCGCAAAUAGUACAGAGGAGGAAAUACAGAAUUGCGCCCUUAUUAAUUUACAAGCACAACUGAACUACUGUUCUAAUAAUAGCAAUAGCAACAUUACUGAAUGUGAAGGUAUAACGGCCCCGGAAAACAAAUCAAAUGAAACUCAAGCGGUUGAUAGCGACACCGUAUUAAAAUAUGUAUAUAAAAAGGGAGAUAGUGCCGAAAUACCCAUAAAAGAUAAAGCUCAUUUCAAAAAUAGCUUACGACGCAAACGAUCCCCAAUCGAAGUACGUAACAGAAGUCCACUGCCCAGUAAAUUCCAAAAACCUGUAGUGGUAAAUUACGCAACAUCACAUGGACCUGGAGAAGCACAACCUCGAAGCAACAAUGCUUUAGGUGCUAAUUUCAAAAUUGAAACACUUCAUGAUAAUAUUGACACACAGAAAGAAGAAGAUAUUGCACGUAAACUAAAAAUAGAUUCGGCUGAAAUAGAAAACCCCAAUAGACAAGGAAACCACUAUAAACAAAAUAAUGAUGAUAGAAAAUCGAUUGAAAAUGAUUCCAGUGAAAAUACUAGUGAUAGUAGUGAUGAACGUGGUAAUUAUAGAAAUAGACAGCCUCAAAAAGACAACUUAAGUAGCGAAGAACGUGGCAACUACCAAAAUCGAAAUACUCAAGGAAGCCAAGAGAGCGGUGAAAGACAAGAUUAUAAAGAACCAAAAACUGAUAGUGAGAGAACCUACAGUGGUGAACGCACAAAUUAUGAUAAAAAAUCUAGCCAAGAAUUAGAUAAUAGUUCUGAGCGCGAAAACUAUAAAAAUAAACAAUAUAGUGCCGAAGGAGACAGUAGCGGGGAACGAGGUUCUUAUAAAGACGUUCCGUCUAAACGAGAGAGAGGAAAUAAUAAUCGUGGCUACUAUAAAUACAAUGAUUUUAGUAAUAAGCGCGGGGAUAGCGGUGAUGAUAAUAGUAGUGCCGAAAGUUCUGAAAGCAAUCCUAGGACUAAUGCAAGAUAUUCUUCCCGAAGCAAAAACAGUAAUGAGAACUCCGGAAGUAAUGAAAGUAAUAAUUCGGAAUCAAAUAGCGCUGAAAGUCAGGAGAGUGUAGAAAGAGGCGGAAAGAAAAACGAACAAUAUAAUCAAGAUAGCUCAUCAUAUGAAAAUCCACACCAAGAAAAUGCUAAAUACAAAAAUCCAGAGUCCAGUCCACCUAAACAUUUAGAUUCCUCCUCAAGUGAAAGCAGUAGUGAAAGCGGGGAUAUCAAACAAGACGACCAAAAUUUAAAUGAUAAAAAGGAUAAUGUAAACGCUUCACCCAUUCCUCUACGAGAUAUUGAUUUAAGUGAUUUUAGUUAUGAACGAAUACAAGUAGAUAGUAAUGGAAAAGUCCAACCACAAAAAGAGACCUUGGAACAAGCUGAUCCAAAAAAUGCUGUAGAAAUAUUGCCACUUACAACAGCUGCACCUAACCUCGCCAGCAAAGAUUACACUCCUGUUGUAGAACCACAAAUCGGUAACAAUGACAACAAACUAAUACAAAUUGAUGAUGUUGAAGUUAAACCUGUUGUUGAAAUUAAUCCUGAAAGUGACAACGAUUCAAGCGAAGAAAAUAAAAAAUCGAAUGUAAGUGAAGAAGUUGAAAGUUUAGAAUCGAUAUUAGGUGUAAAGGAACCUGAAAAUGAUGAUAGUCAAAAGGAUAAGAUAGUCGAACAGAAAGUCGCCCAAGAUGGAGACGUAAAACAAGAAUUUGAACGGAUCCCCUUAAAUUAUAAUCACGCUCAAGAAAAAGAAAAGAAGGAACAUCCAGUCUCUGAAUCCCCUAAAGAAGACCCAGAAGUACCACAAAAGGAAGGAACUAUAGAUGCAUUAGCACCUGAAGAUGAUGUCAAAUAUGAUGAACAUUUGAAAUUUAAGUUUGACGAUUUGACUAUCAAAUUACCUGAAAUAAAAUUGCCAGAUGAUAUUUUAUCUUACACGAGAGAAAACUCCCCGUUUAGUGUCGACGACUACAAAAAGCCAGCUCAAACAGAUGAGCCAAGUUAUAAACCUAGUUAUUAUUAUAAUCCGAAUGACAAAGAGGAAACACGUGAACGUAAAGAUAAAAGUAACCAUCGCCAUGCUGACGAUGAAAAUGAUGACGACGAUGAUCGCGCACCUGAUACUGGUUAUUAUGGUUACUAUGACAACGGCAAGACAAAACAAGAUUAUAAAAAGAAAAAUGACGACGAGGAAGAAGAAAAUGACGAAGAUGAAGAAAAUGAAGAUUUGUAUGAAAAAUUCGUACGAGAAAGGUUUGGAAAACGAGGCACUUUUGAAAAAAGGUCUGAAAAAUUGCAACACGCGGCACCACUAGACCCAAAUUUAUAUAAAACUAUUAAACAUAUUCUUAAAAAGACUGCAGAUAUAGAUGAACAAGCCAAAAAGAGCGGAGAUCCAAAUGCAGGUUACAUGUGGACCCUAGAAUAUGGUGAAAAGUUGUAGAGUAAGCAAUGAACACAACAUGAUUGUGACAAACGAGCCAUUGUUUUUUUUUCUGAAUUAAUGUAAAACUUUGGUCAAUGCAUUCAAUAAGAAAACAUGUAUUAUUAGACAGGCUAGACUGUGAUAGGCUGAUAGAUUUAAGUUAGUAUUAUAAAUACCUUCAUAAAUUAUUAGAAAAAAUCGCAUUUGAUAAUGCUUCUACGCACAAUUUCCUUUGAAACGUUAUGUUCUUCUUCACGCGCUUGGUUGGUAUUCUAUUUCUACAAUGUCCUAAAAAAUUUAAUCUUACUUUCAGUGUAAUCGAGUGUUCUGUAGUCUUUCACCUACUUUCGACUGUGCCCUAAAGCUUAGAUCAAGGGUACAGAACUAUUAUAUUUACUAUACUAUAUUAUGAACUUGCUCCAAUUGUUAAUAAGUAGCUAAGUAAUUAGGAUCUCAUGUAAAAAAAGCUGUUUAUACGUUAGAUAUACAGUAAGUAGUAAGUAAUUUAAAGCUUAUUCUAAAUAAAAUAUUUAAAUACA